CCGUUAAAUGAACCGGUUUCCAAUCCCACCCCUUCUAAGAAUUUGUAAUUAUACCAAAUGCUUCCAACAUAUUCUAUGAUUUAAAAAUAAAAAAGGUCAGAUCCCCAUUUUCAAGCUAAGGUGAGGUGUCAUUUUCUUCUGAAAAUAAAAUUUACGAAAAAAAAGGGGAGUUUUUUAUAAUAAAAAAAUCAUUUUAAUCAUUUAGUUUGCUUCUUCAUCACUGAAAGUGAUUUUUUUGCAUAUUUAGAGAGGGAGAGUUUGAGAGAGAAAGAGCAAAACAAAAAGAAGAAGAAAAAAAAAAAGCAGAAGAUAAUAUUGGGUUAUUGUAGCUAGCUAGCUCCACAUUGUCUAUGGCUUCAAAGCUUCUUUUGAUUGCUGUCUUUGUUCUUGAUCUCAUUGCUUUUGGUUUAGCUGUGGCAGCUGAGCAAAGAAGAAGCACUGCCAAGAUUGUCCAAGACAGUGAAGUUAAUUAUAACUAUUGUGUCUAUGACUCAGACAUAUCAACAGGCUAUGGUGUUGGUGCAUUUUUGUUCCUUAUGGUUAGCCAAGCCCUUAUAAUGGCUGCAAGCAAAUGCUUCUGCUGUGGAAAGGGUUUAAACCCCAGUGGUUCAAGGGCCUGGGCAGUCAUCCUUUUCAUAGUCUGCUGGUUGUUUUUCCUGAUUGCUGAGAUAUGCUUGCUGGCUGGAUCGGUGAGAAACGCCUACCAUACCAAAUACCGAACCAUUUUCAGCGAGCAGCCUCCCUCUUGUGAAACUGUGAGGAAAGGUGUGUUUGGUGCAGGGGCAGCUUUCAUUUUCUUAAAUGCCAUUGUCAACAAGUUCUAUUAUAUUUGCUAUUCAAGUGCUAGGGACAAAAGCUUCCAAGCGUACGGUGGAGAGACCGGUGUCGGUAUGGGCACAUACAAAUAAACAAGCCUGCAAAUUUGGGGUUUCUAUCUUAUUACAGUAGAUAUGGCCACAUAGACUCCAUUGUCUGUUUUUAUUUUUAGUUGCAUUUUCAUGUGCUAAGGGUUCAACAUAGGUGAUAGGUUGUAUUUUGUAUCAGAUUUAUGUCUUCAUUUUAUUUCCCCUUUUUUUCCCAUUCCAAUUGAAGUUUCUUGUAUACAUUAUACAUACCAAUAACAAAAAAGAUUCGUGUUGAUGUUCCAA